AUGAAAACCCUCCGCCUGCGCACGAUAUCCCUAGUUCUCUUGUGCGCUCCUGCCGUGUUCUGUGCGCAAGUCCAGAAGCCGGGACUCACCUUGCCGUCAAGCGCGAGCACACAUCGCCAAGCAGUGCGAGAUAUAUUCACAGACAGUUACCAGGCCUAUAGGCAUGCAUACACUAUUCUGCAUAGGAAAUACGCUUUCGGACAUGAUGAUCUUUCUCCUCUCAGUCAAAGUUUCUCUGAUGGUCGUAAUGGAUGGGGCGCGAGCAUUGUCGAUGCCAUGGGAACUAUGCAAAUAAUGGGUCUUUCCGGCAUAUUCGAAGAAGCCCUUAAUUUUACUCAGAAUAUCGACUUCAAUGUCUCUAACACGCCGGACACCGUCAACUUAUUCGAAACCACUAUCCGCUACGUUGGAGGUCUUCUGAGCGCAUAUGAGCUCAGUGGAAAGAAGCACAGCUUCUUGGUGAGCAAAGUCAAGCAGCUUACUGACAAAUUAUCGUUCGCCUGGGCACCAGGCCUUGUAGUCCCAUUUAACACCAUCAACUUCACGAGCAACACGCCUGUUGUCGACACGACCGGGAUCGCAGCAGUUGGCACUUUGACCUUGGAAUGGUCAACGCUUAGCAAGUACACAGGUAACGAUACAUAUCGCCAGCUGACAGUAGACACCUUCAAGCAUUUAGCGGAGAACCCUGCGCCUCUUCCAGGUAUGCCGCGUUUCGACAUAGACCCCUCAACAGGCGAGCCUUUUGGUGGAUAUGUCACAUGGGGUGGAGGAUCGGACAGCUACUUCGAAUACCUCAUCAAAUAUGCUCGCCUCUCUAACACUGACGACGACACAUUCGCCAACGCAUGGCGCACAGCUGUCGACUCAUCGAUCAGCACCCUCGCCAGGACUUCAACUGUGGGCAACCACCUGUACAUGGCUGACUUUGACGAGAAUCGCCAAAUCCGACACGUUGGUUCUCAUCUGGAAUGUUUCAUGGCAGGCAACUGGCUUCUCGGAGGCAAGCUUAUCAACAACGUCACGAUUGUCGACAUCGCUCUGAAGUUGAAUGAUGCAUGCUGGAAUACAUAUGCCAGUGACGCCACCGGCAUUGGCCCGGAAUCGUUCGCCUACAUAUCCUCAGACGGAAAUUUCACAGGUGGCGAUGCCCCCACCGCAGAGCAGUUAGCGUUCUACAACGAACACGGGUACUAUAUCACCGGUUCAGACUACAUACAGCGCCCGGAGGUACUUGAGUCAAAUUUCUACGCGUGGCGGGUGACAGGCAAUACGACCUACCUGGAUAGGGCAGCGAGCGCGGUGAAGAGCUUCCAAACAUUUUUGAAGACGCCUACUGGCUAUGCGGGGAUUAAUGAUGUUAACAACUUGAACACGACGAAGAUCGAUGAUACAGAGAGUUUCUGGUACGCGGAGGUGUUGAAGUAUCUGUACCUGACGUUCGAUGACCCGGAGCAUAUUAGCCUCGACCACUAUGUUUUUAACACCGAAGGGCACCCUUUUAUAGCACCUCCUGCGAAGCCGACAUACGGCACCGGUUUACUCCCUACCUCCUCGAAGCGGUCUAUCUAAGGAUCUGAUACCGCUCAUCACAGCACAUUUGGUCUAUAGAGUUCACACGGCUGUUUGCCGCUUCUUAUUUUUGACACAAAUCAGGGUUUGUGAGGCAUAUUGGGUUUAUUGGUCUUUAUUCAUCGCAAGACGCCAUGCUCUCCCUUUAGGAUAGCCUAUGUGCUAUGGGUACUGUACGCACUCUACUGUAUACCUCGGCAGGCCAUCGCUCUAUUCCAUCUCAUAGGGAAAGCAGAGCAUAU